AUGCUUCGCCUCCUCUACCUUGCGUUCCUGUACAAGAAGAAUGGUGGGCAGUGCGACGUUUGCUGCCGUGCGGAGACCGCCGUUGUCGGAACCCCACGCAGGAAGUGGGAAGUUCCAGAGCUCAAGGCACGCUUGACCAGGGACACGGUUUCUUCCUCGCUGGCCCUUAGCUCGAUUGCGGCCGAUAUUGACGUCGUGACAGACUGGUUUUUCUUUUUCUCUGACGAGAUCCAGAACGAUGCAUCGUUCGAGGGGGUUAAAGAAGUAUCCCUGUUCUUCACACUCUUUGGGACGCUCACGUGGGUGCUGUUGGCCAUGGACUGCCCAGGAUGGCUUAGGAACGGGGCCUGCCCCGAUACCACGGGGCGCGCUGGGCGCUACUUGUCGUGGCCCUUACUAAACGCCGUUCUGGAGUUCUUGCCGCAGCUGGCCAUCACGGGCAUGACGACAGGCUUCACCACGGUGGCUGGAGCCAUGAACAUCGCCGCGUCGGUGUUCUCGUUUUUGGCCAAGGCGGCCGAGGCUCUCGCCAGCCUCGAAGAGGACGAUCUACCUAGGAUUUUCCACAUGACGGCCACGGCCAAGGGGAGGGUGGAGUCUACGAUUGACCUGAAGAACGCACUGCUGGGAAAGAAACAGGAGGCUGAGGUGCUCGCCCCGUUGAUUUCAAGCGCCAACGCCGAUGAGCCCGAGUCUGUGAGGAUGGCCUGGGAGGUAGCUCGUGACCACCACUGGUGGGCGGAUCAGUUGCAGUUGUCGAAGAUCGAGUUCGUUUCGGAGGAAAGCGACGAUUCGUUUCAGUUUCUGGAAGGUUCCAUCCAGCUGGAACUAGGUGAAUUGGCCAACCUGGAGACCCUGAACCUACCUUGGAACAACCUCACCGGUGCGUGGUUCGCCCAUGAAGCUGUCCUUUCUGGCAGCUGA